AUAUGCUGAUCAAAGAAAAGCCAGAAAUGGACCUCACCUGGGCAAACUAGAGGAGUUUUCUAAACAAUCCUAGUGCAGAGGUCAACACAGUCAUGGAAUUGCCUCACUAGCAGAGGACCCACCUAACCCAUUCUUGGGAUUUGACUGAAAGCCUUGUGCUGCUGAGUGGAGUGGCUGCUGGAUUUACUUCCUCAGGUAUGUCUGUCCUAAUGGCCUUUCCCUGCCUUCAUGUGGCCUGGUAGGUGAAGAACUACAGGGGGACUCUGCGGUGCUACAUGGCUUGAGGCCACGUGAAAAGAAGGAAUGAUUCUUACUGCAUGGAGCACACUGAGCUUUUGGGUGCAAAAGCAAAGUGUGAUUAUUAGACUAUUUCAUUUUAAUGGUGUUUACUAGUUUUUACAAGAAAAGUUUUUAUGAUUGGCAGGGACUGACUCCACCUGCCUGGGGGACUGGCCUCUGCCUGGGGGCAAGAUUUAGGCUCCCAGUAACCAACAUGGAGAAAGGCAAGGAAGGUUGUCAUAGACCUGCCAGGGUGCUGUCACAGGAUUCAGGUCAUGGUAUGAUCAGUAGGAAUGGCUGAAAAAUGCUUUGAAGAAAAAAGUCUACAGCAGGAAAUAUUGAUUUGAUGCAGUUUCAGUAUUCUUCAGGAUUGUGUGAGUUUUACUGAAACUUCCUGAUGGAAACCUUGCAGGAGGGUUUUCCUAGCAGGAAGCCAGCAGCCAGCAGUGCCCAACUGCUUAAGCCUCCAGCAGUGUGUCUGAUCAGACAGGGAGUCAGUUAGCUGGGGAGAUAAGAGACUAGCACCCUUUUAAAAACUGGUCUGAUUUAGUUAUUCAGAAAGUGAAUGUUUCUAAAUAAUUUGUUCCAUAGAAAUCUUCAUGUAUCCAGCUAACACAUUCAGCAUUUUUUUUUAUGCUACAGAAUGAAGCCAUUAAAAAGAUAAAGUAAAUUUUCUGCAGCACACUUCCCGGGCCAUCCCAGUGAUUAAAUGAAGUUGUGGCUGAGCAAAAUGGUAACUUCUAAUGGAAUUCCAGGGCAGGGAAAGGGCAAAUAUUUUAGAAAGGCACUUCAAAUUUACUAAAAUACAGCUCCCUUGCAUUACUUACUGCAAAAAUCAAGCUCUGUUUGUGUUUGCUACUCACUGUAAAUGACUUUACUGAUGACUUUUGAGCAGUGCUAUUUUUUAAUUUGGGACAUUUUGCCUGAGAAACAGCUGAUCCACGGAAACAUUUUCUUUUUAUGAUAACUGUUUUCCAAGUCGAUAGCUGUGGUGUUUUGGUGUUUUUUUUUUUUCCUUAAUGUGUUUUAACAAGUAAUAAACCCAGCGAGCGUGGAAGCCCUGACAGCAACCGAGCCAUCAGCUGAGGACCCCCAGACGUGGAUGGGGAUGCCGCAGACAGCAGCAUCCCGCUUAUUGCUCUGCGUUCAGGUGCCUCGCAGGGACGUCGCUUCCACCUGCGAGCGAGUUUGAGCGGUCGGCUGUGGAUUUUAUGGUUGCUUCUCCGCAAACCAAGGGUUAGCCGGGUGGCUUUGGCUUUUUGGGAAGGAGCCCUGCCCCGGCCCGCUGUGUGCGAUGGAUUGAGGCGUGCCCGGCUGCGCCCCCAGCCCGGCCGCCGCCCGCAGCCCACAUCGAUGCGAUGGAAAGUCGGGGGUUGUUCUGCACCCUCUGUUACCUGAUGUUCAACGCGCCUCUGCUGUUCAUUGUCACCGCUACCUUUACUGAAGUUCCCAAAGAUGUGACUGUUAGGGAGGGAGAUGAUAUUGAGAUGCCUUGUGCUUUCCGAGCCAGCGGAUCCACCUCUUACUCCUUGGAAAUCCAGUGGUGGUACCUUAAGGAACCAGCCAGAGAACUUGCACACGAAUUAGCCAUCAGUGUCCCUGGCAGCAGGAGCAAGGUAACAAAUAAGGAUGCAACCAAAAUCAGUACGGUCCGCGUCCAGGGCAACGACAUCUCGCACCGGCUGCGGCUCUCGGGCGUGCGGCGGCAGGACGAGGGCGUGUACCAGUGCCGCGUGUCGGACUACAGCGACGACGAGACGCAGGAGCACAAGGCUCAGGCGCUGCUGCGCGUCCUGUCCCGCUUCGCGCCGCCCGACGUGCAGGCGGCCGAGGCGGUGUCGCACAUCCAGAGCGGGGCUGCCCCGCGCCGCCACGGCCCCGCCACCCGUCCCACGCCGCCGCCCGGCCCCGGCAAGCGCCCGCCGCCGCCCUCGCCACCGGCCCCGGCACAGGGGGACAUCGCCGCCAGCGCCACCGCCGUCACUGUCACCGCCUCGACGGCCGCCGCUGCCGCCUCCUCGGCCUCGCCGCCGCCCGGGCAGACAGCCAUCCUCCGCCAGCAGCACGGGUCAGGUACAGGACCUAUUUAUGCUACAGACCCACUCCUAUACGUGUCCCUGUUAAUACUGCAUAAGCUUGUACAUUUAUUAGUAAACCACUGACGGACUACUCCCUCCACUCCUCCUCUGCCAAACAGAAAGGAACCUAUUUAAUAACAAACAAAAUCCCUGACAAGAAAAAAUACCUACAGUUUUAAAGAUGGACAGAAAGAAACUGAAAGAAGCAUGAUAAAUUCUACAUGGGGGGAAAAACAUAUUUUUUGGGAUGCCACAGAAAAGUAAAUCACAUAGAAUAAUGCAUCUAGUUUCCAGACUCUAUGGUGUAAAGCCCUGCUCUGUGCAUGGCACUUAUGAUUUCUCUAUUUUAAUGUAAUAUUUUUUCUUUUCUGAACCUUUCCUCUGACUCUUCAUUUUGCACGAACUGUUGAGCAGUUAUCUUUAUGACAAUAUGUAAAGAUGUUGGGUCAAACCCUUCCUAAGAAAGGAAAUAUUUUUAGUAGAUUAUUGUGUUUAGGUUUUUUGGAUUUCCUUUUUCUUUUUUAAUUAAAUUAUUUCUUUUGGAGACAUAAAAAAAGGUACAUCUUACCAUAAUUAAUAUUCACUGUCAAUAAUAUUUAUUUUUAAAUGAAGAUUGGAAACAAGGUAAGACAUUUGUUUAUAAACUGUAUUGUAUAUUGCUGAAUAACAGUUGAAUAAAAAGAUUUUGAAAUAAA